UAAAUUGAACAUCCCAAAACCAUACAGGGAUAAAAUUGAAUAUUAUGGAAAAAUUGCCGUUAUUAAGUUAGUUAAAGAUUUCAGCGCUUUUUUUUGAAAGAACUUGAACGGAGUGGCAUGCAUUUAGCUUCCUCAUCUCUAUUUCUGUCAAUAUUAUAUUUUUUUUUUCUCUCCAUUUUUUGAGCUGUCUCCGUAGGGCCUCUGGUUUCAGAGAUUGUUUCUGUUAUCAGUUAUCUAUACAUAUCUUCUUGUGCUCCUAUGGUCUCCUACAUUCUUGCCAAAAGACAUAAAAAUAUUUCGUGAGGAGCAAUUGUUUGUUGGUACUUGAACCUCCUGCUACUUUUAAUUACCAUCUCGCGUUGAUAGGCUUUUCAGAAUUUUAAAUCAUGGCAACAGCCGAUACUAUGUCUGGGCCGCUUGAUCGCCAUAUCAUGCCAGGUCUCGAAAAAUCCAAUAUUGAGAAUAUGGAGGAAGAGAGGAAGAACCGACUUAGAGCUUUGAAGAAGAAGGCAAUUACUGCCUCCAACAAGUUCAGAAAUUCAUUGACAAAGAAGGGUCGGAGAAAUAGCAGAGUGAUGUCUGUUGCAAUUGAAGAUAACAUUGAUGCAGAGGAAUUACAGGCAGUGGAUGCCUUUCGUCAAGUACUUAUCCUUGAUGAGCUACUGCCCUCUAAGCAUGAUGAUCACCAUCUGAUGCUCAGAUUUUUGAGGGCCAGAAAAUAUGAUGUUGACAAAGCAAAGCAAAUGUGGUCUGACAUGCUCCAAUGGAGGAGGGAAUUUGGUACAGAAACAAUCAUGGAGGACUUUGAGUUCAAGGAAUUAGAUGAAGUUCUGAAAUAUUAUCCACAAGGAUACCAUGGGAUUGAUAAGGAAGGAAGACCUGUUUACAUUGAAAAAUUGGGUGAAGUUGAUGCUACUAAGCUUCUGCAAGUCACAACAUUGGAUCGAUAUGUUAAGUAUCAUGUCUGGGAAUUUGAGAAAACCUUUACUUAUAAGCUCCCAGCUUGUUCAAUUGCAGCAAAGAAGCACAUUGACCAGAGCACCACUAUUUUGGAUGUGCAGGGAGUGGGUCUCAAACACUUCAACAAAACUGCAAGGGAGCUUAUUACCCGCAUUCAAAAGAUUGAUGGUGACAAUUAUCCUGAGACCCUGAACCGCAUGUUCAUCAUCAAUGGGGGCUCUGGUUUUAGGCUUUUAUGGAACACUGUCAAGUCAUUCCUUGACCCUAAGACUGCUGCUAAGAUCCAUGUCCUGGGUAACAAAUACCAGAGCAAGUUGCUUGAAAUAAUUGAUGCUUGCGAGCUGCCAGAAUUUUUGGGUGGUACUUGCACUUGUGCUGAUAAGGGUGGCUGUAUGCGUUCUGAUAAGGGACCAUGGAAUGAUCCUGAAAUAAUGAAGAUGGUUCAAAAUGGUGUAGCCAAAUGCAACAGACCUUUGUCAGGAAUUGAGGAGAAAACAAUCUCUGAAGAUGAGGAGGUAUGCACAAAGAUGAAGAAGAGAGACGAUUCUUUCAUCGUAGAAAGAGCUGUGGAUUUUCAGCAUCCAAAAUAUCCUGUUCCUGAGGAAUUUCUCAUUAGCAAAAAGUGCAAUAUUACCAAAAACAGUAAAGUCAUUCCAAUGGUUGACAAGUCUGUAGAUACUGCUUGGCCUACUAAAAUGCAGAAGCACAGCUACAACUCCAAAGAUCAUUUUCCAGCUGGUGUUGUUUGUAAGCCAAAUGGAAUUAACAAUCCUAUAAUGAGUGGGUUUUUCGCCUUUUUGAUGGGAAUCAUCGCCGUGGUUCGAAUGACACGCAGCGUUCCAAGAAAACUUACUGAAGCUGCAAUCUAUGGCAGUCAGGUUUUAUAUGAUGAUGGGAUGAUGAAAAGCCCUACAGUGCAAGAACCAUCCAUCUCUACUGCUGAAUACAAGAACAUGAUGUUGCGCAUGGCUGAAAUGGAAGAGAAGAUGAAUGUUCUGGCAUCAAGAGCUGAUACCAUGCCACCUGAGAAAGAGGAAAUGUUGAAUACUGCUUUACGACGCGCAGAUGUCCUGGAGCUAGAGCUGUUAGCAACCAAGAAGGCACUAGAGGAUGCAGUUGCUAAGCAGCAGCAACUCCUGGAGUACAUUGAAAAGAAAAAGAAGAAGAAGAAGAAGGUAUGCAAAAAUAUUGAAAUAUUUACAAUGUUCUGAUGUUGGAUAGUUUGAUCAUGCAGCUUACAAUUCUAACAAAGAUCUUUCAUAUUCAGUUUUUCGUUUUCUGAAGAAAGAAUCCAUAAGCUGAGUGAGGUGGAAAGUGCUGCAAUGCUCCAAACGAUAACUUGAGAACUUACUAAUACUGGAGGAAAUUAAUUAGAACUUUUCCUAUAUUUGUUAUUUAUUUAAAAUCAUAUUCUGCUUUGUAUAACACUAAACUGAAACCUUUGUAUAAAUAUACACUCCUUUAACUUCUUUUGGGCUUGAUUUUUCGA